AGCAUUUGACGACACACCUUCACCAUCAACGCGCGUGCCUGAGCGGGACCUGUGCUGUGAUUUGAGAUGUCAGAGGUUAGCUGACACGGAAGUGGCUGCCCCCCCACUCCCACGCAGCUGCGCAGUAGCGGCCUGGGUGUAGUCUGGACUCAGCGGCUCGAACUCAGCGGCACAGCCGGGAGAGGAGAAGCAACAGGCGGCCUGCAGCGAGCGCAGCGCCGCUUCUUUCCAGCGGGAGUCCGAGCGGAGAGUGGCCGCGAACUUCAGGGAAAGUUCUGGAAAAGUUUUUCUGGGCCGGGAGGGGCACGGAGCGAGCCAGCAGGAUGCAGAAUUUGGUGCGGACUGUGGCGGUUCUGGGCUGGGUGGCGGCGGUGUGCGUCUCCGCGGCCAUGGACGAGUGCGAGGACGCGCAGGGCCGGCCGCAGCGCUGCAUGCCCGAGUUCGUGAACGCCGCCUUCAACGUGACGGUGGUGGCUACCAACACCUGCGGCUCCCCCCCCGAGGAGUACUGCGUGCAGACCGGAGCCACCGGCGUCACCAAGUCCUGCCACAUCUGCGACGCGCGCGACCAGCGGAACCACCACAGCGCCGCGUACCUGACCGACUACAACAACCAGCAGGACGCCACCUGGUGGCAGAGCCAGACCAUGCUGGCGGGGGUCCAGUACCCCACCUCCAUCAACCUCACCCUGCAUCUCGGGAAGGCCUUCGACAUCACCUAUGUGCGCCUCAGGUUCCACACCAGCCGGCCGGAGAGCUUCGCCAUCUACAAGCGCACAUAUGAGGGGGGGCCCUGGGUGCCCUACCAGUACUACAGCGGCUCCUGCGAGAAGACGUACCAGAAAGUCAACCGCGGCUUCAUCCGCACCGGAGACGACGAGCAGCAGGCGCUCUGCACUGACGAGUUCAGCGACAUCUCGCCUCUCACUGGGGGCAACGUGGCGUUCUCCACGCUGGAGGGGCGGCCCAGCUCCCACAACUUUGACAACAGCCCCGUCCUACAGGACUGGGUGACGGCCACGGACAUCAAAGUGACCCUAAACCGGCUCAACACAUUUGGAGACGAGUUGUUCGGGGACCCCAAAGUCCUCAAAUCCUACUACUACGCCAUCUCAGACUUUGCUGUGGGAGGAAGGUGUAAGUGUAACGGGCACGCCAGCGAAUGUGUGAAGAGCGGCGGGGGCCGGCUGCUGUGCGACUGCAAGCACAACACCGCCGGCGACGACUGCAACGUCUGCAAACCGUUCUUCAACGACCGACCCUGGAGGAGAGCCGCAGCCGACAGCGCCAACGAGUGUCUGCCCUGCAACUGUAAUGGGAAGAGCUCCGAUUGUUACUUCGAUCCGGAGCUGUACCGCGCCACGGGGCACGGAGGACACUGCAGAAACUGCGCCGACAACACGGACGGGCCCAACUGCGAGCGCUGCUUGGACAACUACUACCGAGACCAGAGCGGCAACCGCUGCCAGCCCUGCAGCUGCAGCCCCAUCGGCUCUCUGUCUCCUCAGUGUGACAGAGGAGGAGUGUGUGCGUGUAAACCUGGCGUGACCGGAGAGAAGUGCGACCGCUGCCUGCCUGGAUACCACAGUCUGACUGAAGCCGGCUGCAGGCAGUGCAGCUGCUCACCUUCAGGAAGCACCCAGGAGUGUGACGUGGCGACGGGUCAGUGCCGCUGCAAAGAGAACGUGGAGGGCUUCAGCUGCGACAGGUGUAAGCUGGGAUUCUUCAACCUGGACCCCCAUAACCCUCAGGGCUGCACGCCCUGCUUCUGCUUUCAGCACUCGUCCGUCUGCGACAGCGCCGAGGGAUUCAGCGUUCACUCCAUCACCUCCACCUUCACCAACGGGGACGAGAAGUGGAAGGGUCAGCAGCAGGACGGGUCCAGCGUCUCCAUCCAGUGGUCUCCCAGCGGACAGGAGGUUUCCCUCAGCUCCGACAGCUUCCUGCCCAUGUACUUUGUAGCUCCAGAGAAGUUUCUGGGGAACCAGAUUCUUAGUUACGGUCAGAACCUGAGCCUGAACUUCAGAGUGGAACGCCGGGACAACCGUCUGUCUGCUGAGGAUCUGAUCCUGGAGGGGGCCAACAUGCGGGUGGCCGUCCCGCUGAUCGCUCAGGGCAACGCCUACCCCAACGAGAACAUGCAGAGAUACGUGUUCAGGCUCCAUGACAGCACCGACUACCCCUGGAGGCCGCACGUCAGUCACUCCGACUUCCAGAAGCUUCUCCAGAACCUGACAGCCAUCAAGUUCCGCGGCACCUACAGCGAGAGGAGUUCCGGGUUCCUGGAUAAUGUGUCCUUAGUGACGGCGAGGCGGGCCCCAGGUGUGCCGGCCCGUUGGGUGGAGCAGUGCACCUGUCCCCAGGGCUACCAGGGUCAGCACUGCCAGCAGUGCACGUUAGGAUUCCGGCGUGCUCGCCCGGAGCUUGGUGCCUUUAGCUCCUGCGAACCCUGCAGCUGCAAUGGACACAGCGACGCCUGCAACCCCAACACCGGAGCGUGCGACUGUCAGCACAACACUGCUGGGCUGAGCUGUGAACGCUGCAAGGACGGUUUCUACGGCGACGCCACCCAGGGAACAUCGACCGACUGCCAGCCAUGCCCCUGUCCAGCGGGAGCCACCUGUGCCAUCGUGCCUUCAACCAGAGAGGUGGUGUGCACCAACUGUCCCCCUGGAACCACAGGCAAACGCUGCGAGCUCUGCGACGACGGACACUUUGGGAACCCGCUGGGUCAGAACGGACCCGUGCGCAGCUGCCACAAAUGCGUGUGCAGCGGCAACAUCGACCUGAACGCCGUCGGCAACUGCAACCGGGAGACCGGAGAGUGCCUGAAGUGCGUCAAUGACACCGAGGGCUACUUCUGCGAUCGCUGCAAGGAGGGUUUCUACGGCAACGCCCUCAGUACCGCUCCUGGCAAGAGAUGCAAAUCCUGCUCCUGCUCUCCUCUGGGCACCGUGGACCGACAGACCGGCUGUUCUCAGGUCACCGGUCAGUGCGAGUGUCUCCCCAACGUGGCCGAACGCGACUGCAGCGCCUGCCAGCCCGGACACUUCAACCUUCAGAGCGGCAACGGAUGCGAGCGAUGCAACUGCAACCCCAUUGGCUCCACCAACGGGCAGUGUGACAUCACUUCGGGACAGUGCGAGUGCCAGCCCGGCGUCAGCGGGCUUCACUGCGAUCGCUGCGAGGUCAACUUCUUUGGCUUCAGCGCGUCUGGAUGCAAACCCUGUGACUGUGACCCUGAAGGCUCCUCGUCGGGUCAGUGUAAGGAUGACGGGCGCUGUGAGUGCCGGCCCGGCUUUGUUGGGGCGCGUUGCGACAUGUGCGAGGAGAAUUACUUCUACAAUCGCUCAGUGCCGGGUUGCCAGCAGUGCCCCUCCUGCUACGGUCUGGUCCGGGACAAGGUAAACCAGCAGCGACAGAAGCUGCACGACUUGCAGACUCUGAUCGAUAACCUGGGCUCGGGGCAGGAAACCGUCAGCGAUAAGGCCUUUGAGGAUCGUCUGAAGGAGGCAGAAAAGGCCAUCGCAGAGCUGUUAGAUGAAGCUCAGGCCAGCAAAGAUUUGGACAGAGGCCUAAUGGACCGACUGGACACCCUCAACAACACUCUGACUACCCAGUGGAAACGCCUGCAGGGCAUCCGCAACACCGUGGACGACACGGGCGCACAGGCCGACCGCGCCCGCAACCGAGUCCAGGAUGCCGAGAGUUUGAUCGACAGAGCCCGUCAGGAGCUGGACAAGGCCAAGGACGCCAUCAGUAAAGUGGACAUCAAGCCCCCCAGCGGUACAGGAGAACCCAACAACAUGACCCUGCUGGCUGAGGAAGCCAGACGGCUCGCCGAAAAGCACAAAACUGAAUCCGAACAGAUCGAGAAGAUUGCCAAAGACGCCAACGACACGUCGACGAAGGCUUACAACCUGCUGCUGAAGACUCUGGAGGGAGAAAGCUGGACAGGCCAGGAGAUCGAGGAGCUGAACAGGAAGUAUAAUGAGGCUAAAGAGCUGGCCAAGAACCUGGAGAAGCAAGCUAACAAGGUGAAGAGCGAGGCCGAUGAGGCUGGAAACGAGGCCCUGAAGAUCUUUGCCAAUCUAACCAGCCUCCCGCCGUUUGACGCUAAGGCUCUGGAGGAUGAAGCCAACAAGAUCAAGAAAGAGGCGACAGACCUGGACAAUCUGGUUGACAAGAUGGAGAAGGAGUACAAUGACAUGAGAGACGACCUGAAGUCCAAAGAGCAGGAGGUCCGCAAGCUGUUGGACAAAGGCAAGAGCGAGCAGCAGACCGCAGACCAGCUGCUAGCCCGGGCUGAUGCUGCCAAAGCUCUGGCUGAGGAGGCUGCCCAGAAGGGCAAGGCUACUUUUGCUGAAGCAAAGAACAUCCUGGAGGACCUCAGAGACUUUGACAGGAGAGUCAACGACAACAAGACGGCAGCUGAAGAAGCUUUGAAGAAGAUCCCUGCUAUCAAUGCCACCAUCAUUUCUGCUAAUGAGAAGACCAGAGACGCAAAGGCGGCCCUCGGCAAUGCCACCGAAAACGCCCGAGAAGCAAAGAGAAAGGCGGAGGAGGCCGAAAAAAUCGCCAGCAACGUACAGAAGGGAUCAGCCCAGACCAAGGAGGACGCAGAGAAGGCCUUAGAGGACACCAACAACCUGGAAAAUGACGUCAACAACAUGAUGGAUCAGCUGAGCGCCGCAGAGAAGGAGCUGGCGAAGAAGAAGGCCGAGGCCGACAAUGACAUGAUGAUGGCCUCCAUGGCAUCAGACAAUGCCAAGGAGGCAGAGGACAACGCCCGGAAGGCCAAAAACAUGGUGAAAAAGGUGUUGAAGGUCAUCACUGACCUGAUGGACCAGCUGGGCAACAUCGAUAAGGUGGACCUGAGCAAACUGAACGACAUUGAGGAGUCUCUGAAGAAGGCCAAAGAGAAGAUGCGUGACAGCAAGCUGGACGAGAAGCUAAAGGAGCUGAACGCUGUGGCCAGCUCGCAGAAUAACAUGAUCGACAGCUACGACCAACAGAUACGGGAGAUCCGCGCCGACAUCGACAACCUCAUCGACAUCAAGAAGACGUUACCUGAAGGCUGCUUCAACACUCCGUCCCUGGAGAGGCCUUAGCCCCGCCCUCUUCUUCUAGACACGCCCCCUCCCCUCACUCACGUCUAACACUCCGGCGAACAUGCCGACUUUUACCAAAACUACUUUUAAAAACAUUUUAUCGUCGAUUCUCGCCUCUGCCGACGUUACCAGGAGGGGCGUGGUUUCACUACAAGGACGUCGAACCGUGCAGAGGCACAGAACCAGAACCACCAACCCGAAGUGACUGCAGCUUCUCACAGGAGGUCUGGCCGCACCGCGGCUCCACACCACUCCACUCCGCUUCUGUCUCCUCACCCGCCUGUCAGAUUACGUGAAGGAACAGUCAUCCGGGCUCUCUGCGUCUACAGUAUUCUCCCCUCCAGCAGGGGGCAGUAAAGCCAUGAGAACUCAACCUGCUCUGUACAAAGCUGCCCAAAAACACUAAGACCAGAUCCACAUGGUCCUGCUGCUGCCUGUCAUCUGGAAACUAGAAGGAAAGAACCGCUCCAGCGCGGCCUCUUCUUCAGCGAGCGUGUGAGAUGAAGAACAGCUGCGUCUUUGCAGUGGAGGUCCUCGUUCCUCAGAAACUGUCCUGACCUCCUGUUGGACUUGUGGAAACCUUCUUCUCUCUAUCUGUCUGGCAUCGCAGCUCAGCUGUGGUGCGCUCAUGGUUCUGUCGGAGCUGCAGCUGUCCCAGCUCAGAGAUGUUCCUCACCCCGUUGCUUAAGGACAUAAAGAUGGACACAUCAUGUUCAGAUAUGCGGGAGCCUGUCAUCUGAAAGCUUCAUUUUACGUCUCUGCUGCCCCAUCCUGGACUUUUCGAUCUUGCUCGUUUCCCAGAGGUUUCUGCUGACUCGCUGCUUAUAAUCCGGAUCAGGUGUGUUCAGCCAAUCAAAACCUAGAAGCACAUGAUCCAGGUCAUCUGAAUCAUCUGGGAAAGAAGCAGGGUGGUAGAUGUGGAGGAGCGGGCAGCCCACUUCCAAGUUUCAUUUACUUCUUUGCAUCCUGCCCCGUCCAUAGCGCCCUCUGCUGGUAGAAAUGUUCCAGGUAUUGAAUGCAAGCUCACUCAAUUCACAGUUUUUAUUGCAGUUUCAACCUGAGGAAGCGCAAGAAUCUGUGUCCUCCAACAGCACUUCUGCUUAGCUCUCUUAAUGUAAAAAGAAAACUUAUCUUUUGGUAAAAAUCUUUUUGUGUCACCAAAUUUAAGAGUGACCUGCAGAAACAUGUGGUAUAAUUGCAGACUCUCCAGAAGGUCGAGAUCUGCUCUUAACCUCCAACAAAGGAAGUACCGCCCCCUCUGGCCACAGCCAAAACAAAUUCUGUCUGCAUUCUGUGUUUUCUUUUAUUUUCCUUUUGGUUUUACGUCUUCACAAGCGACAAUCCCGUCAUGUCAGGAAACGGCUGCAGCUUUUCGUGGAUUCCUCCUUACGCCUGAUGUGUGUGUUGUGAGUAAAAAUGUAUAUUUUACAAACUGUGUCCUGUGGGUCCUUCCCCCUCCCACUUACAGGCGCCUCUGUGGGCGUGGCCUCACCGGCGCCUGCUCGCUCCGCCCUCAGCGCUCGUGUUGUGCGUGCACAAAUCCAACACUAUGCAAUUUUGUAGAAGUGGCAGCGAGAACUCUCUGAUACACUGGUGCUAAAGAUGAUUUCAAAUGUUUGUGUGAAUGUUUUUUAUUCCGACGUGCAGCGAGGAACCCUGUAAAGAACCAGCAGAUCUAUAAUGUCUGCGGGAUCCUUUUCCUCUAUAAGCUUUUGGUGUUGUUGUGAUUAUUGUGGGUCCGGUUCUGACCCGGGGCGGGUCAGUGGGUCCGGUCCAGCAGCCAUCACUUGGAUGUAAAAACAGUAUUUUAAGUUAUAAUGAUUCGGUUCUGUGUGGUCCUGCUGCUGAUCUGGUCGUGUUUCCAGCUCUGUGAGGACCAGGCUGACCCCCCCCACACACCCACCUGUACGUAACAUUUCAAUAAUAAAAACUACUACAGGAGCCCCCCUG